AUGAUCCCGCUCCUGCUGUUGAUGCUCUUCUCCGUCGGCCUCGUUGAAGCCGCCUACGAUCCCGAAUCUUUCCCGGUUCAGUUUUCGUCUUGGGGAAUUUCCAGUUUGAAACUUCGGGUUGUAAAGUCUGUACAGAUUUCGAAUGUCAAUUUCUCAAGCUCCGCCCCUGAAGGCGCGAUGAACCAAUCAGAGAGCGUUUCCUAAUGAAGUCAUUGUACUUUACAUUCCAAAUCUGGACAGGCUAGUAGUAUGAGCAAUACUGAGAAAUACUGAGCAAUAUCGACCCUCUUUCGUACGAUUUUUUUCGUAAUUCAGCCCUUUCCCAUUAUGUUGCCCCAAGUUUCGAACUAGUACCGAUUAUAAGAAAAAUCUUUCCUAAAUUGCCUAGGCGAUAGAAUUUUAAUAAAUGUGAAACAAAGAAGGUUUCAAGAGCCAAUAGGAUGUGAGCCAUAUGAACAAUAAUUUCUAUCGAAAAAUCAAAAUUUGUGAUUUUUUCCUGGCGUUCCACCAUAUGAGACGGGUCAGCCCCGGGAAGACCCGAAGCGGACACACUUGUGCGUCUGAUGACCCGGGCUCGGGCCUGCCCGGUCAUGGAAUGUUAUAACUCCACUCAAAAAAUGUUUGCAAAAAAAAAAAAGAAAUCUUGAUGUUGAUUUCUCAGUGAAAAAAGAGCCGAAAACUUGAUUUUUGUCCCAAAAAAUCCUGACAUUCGUCGUGCUUUCGUGCCGGGCCUGCCCUAUUUGCUUGAAGCCCCGCUAAGGCCCCGGGCCAGCCCUCGUCCAAGCCUGGUGCCAUCGUCUAAAGAUCCAUUUUUUCACUAGCUUGUAUCCCACUCAUUUACAUCAUUGCCGAUCGGGCCAGCCCGGGGCGAUUGCUUCAAAUUACGGGUCCUCGUUGAUAUUUCUGUGUUAAACGAUUUUUAGCAGGAAUAAUCAAAGAAAUGAGUGAAUAUUGAUUUUUUUUUUUGAAGAUUGUCGUGGCGUACCACGAGAGGGAAGGCCAUCGUUACAUGAUCGAGACGGACAUGAGAGACGGAAAAGUUCUUUUCACCGGCAUCACCGUCGGGUUCGCCUUUUUUUGCUUUAAAGAUCGAAAUUUCAUCAAAAGAGUACUAAAAUGUUAGAAAUUUCACGAAAAAAUGAUUUUCGGAUGAUUUUUGCUUCAUCUUAAGAGUUUGAGAAAAUUGAGAAAACCUGAUUUUUAGGUCAGAAAACGGCACAGAAAAGCUCCAAAAACUUCAAAUUUUGAAUGCGAAAUGUGGCUUGAUGAAAAAUUUCCGGCGGUCACUUUAGGGCAAUGGAAUAAGGAAAAUGGGGCCUUCUGGCGCCCUGAAGUUGGAAAUUUACAGGAAACAGAGGCUUUUGGCAUUUUUUAGGCCGUCACUGUAAUGAGAAGAAAGCGAACUUUUCACCAUGUAGUUUGAAAUCGGGAGGCCCUAGAGGGCCCUCAUUGCAUUCUGGGCCAAAUUCGGAUUUUGAGAUUUUUCCCAUUGUUUUUUAUAGCUUUGGAGCUUUUCUUCAAUGUUUUCUAGCUUUUUGAAGCUCCGAAAUUUGAGUUUUUCUAUUUUCUUGAUAAAAACCUUGAAUAGAAAAAAGUUCGGUAUCGUCAGAAAUUUAGCGAAAAAAUUCGGUUUUUUGUCGUUUUCAAGGCGUUAUCACUUUUCUAAGAAGGCGCAAUUUUCUUUCGGGAAAAGUCCUAAAAUGCACUAAUCGAAGUCAGGGCGGGACAAGUUUUGGCGAAAUUUGCAAUUCGAGACUUUUUUUUACUGAGCCUAUCUAUGCCCUGCCGAUUUCUUCAAGAAAAGAUUCCCAAAUUUUAUAGAAUAACGUUCAACUCGGUGUCGUUUGGACAGUUGGACAGCAGCGACUGUACGGCCCUCUACAAUGGACUCGACGCCUCGUACCGUUGCGACGGCUCCUUCUUCCUCCUUCACACGGAUCACAUGAAGUUUUAUCCAUUCUCAAGGAACAGGGCAACUGAUGCAAAAGUGUUUAGUAUGAAGCGCCAGAUCGCUAACGAAGAAAGCGAUGUCUGCAAGAGAAUCGUCGAGUUUGGUGGCGACGCCGUCGGCCUUCUCAAGACGUGAGAAUCACUUGAGUGGUCGCUUAGGCAAUUCAAAGAAGAUCACUUAGAAAUAAUCACUCUAGUGGUCGCUUAGACGGAUCAAAAUGAAAAUUGUCACUGGAGGGCCCAAAUCACUUUAGUAGACUCUCAGACGGUUCAUAAUAAACAAUCCCUAUUCAAAAUGCCGAAAAUCACUCUAGGGGGCGCUUAGGCGAUCCGAAACAAGAAGUUUCUACUUAAAAGGCCAAAAAUCACUUUAGUGAUCGCUUAGGCGAUUCAAAAUAAAAAAUGUGCUUGGAAGGCCGAAAAUCCCUUCAGCGGGCCCUUAGAUUAUUAAAAUCGAGGGUUCCCUCUCAAUUAAGGGCCAAAAAUCACUUUAGUGGUCGCGUAAACGGUGCAAAAUGGAAAAUUUUCACUUAAUAGACCGUAAAUCAGUUUAGUGAUCGUUUAGACGAUAAAAAAUUAUAAACUGCCCUUAAAGGUUCAAAAUCAUUCUAGUGGUCGCUUAGGCGAUCUAAACGAGUCGUUUCCACCUAAAAAGACAAAAGUCACUUCAGUGGGCCCUUAGAUUCUUCAAACCGAGAGUUCCCUUUCAAGUAAGGACCAAAAAUCACUUUAGUGGUCGCUUAAACGCAUGAAAAUUGAAAGUGAUCACUUAACAGGCCAAAAAUCCCUUCAGUGGGCCUUUAGAUUAUUCAAAAAGGAGAAUUCCUUAUUAGGGCCAAAAAUCACUCUAGGGGGCGCUUAGACGAAUCAAAAUGGAGAAUGUUCACUUAUAAGACCGUAAAUCACUUUAGUGAUCGCUUAGACGAAUCAAAAUCAAAAGUGGUCACUUAAAAAAAUCACUUUAGUGAUCUCUUGGGCGAUUUAAAAUAAAAAGUGCCCUUAAAUGGCCAAAAAUCACUCUAGUGGUCGCUUAGACAGAUCAAAAUGAAAAUUGUCACUGGAGGGCCCAAAUCACUUUAGUGGACUUUCAGACGGUUCAUAAUAAACAAUCCCUGUUCAAAAUGCCGAAAAUCACUCUAGGGGGCGCUUAAACGAAUCAAAAUGAAAAAUGUUCACUUAUAAGACCGUAAAUCACUUUAGUGGUCGCUUAGACGAAUCAAAAUCAAAAGUGGUCACUUAAAAGCACUUUAGUGAUAUCUUGGGCGAUUUAAAAUAAAAAGUGCCCUUAAAUGGCCAAAAAUCACUCUAGUGGUCGCUUAGACGGAUCAAAAUGAAAAUUGUCACUGGAGGGCCCAAAUCACUUUAGUAGACUCUCAGACGGUUCAUAAUAAACAAUCCCUAUUCAAAAUGCCGAAAAUCACUCUAGGGGGCGCUUAAACGAAUCAAAAUGAAAAAUGUUCACUUAUAAGACCGUAAACCACUUUAGUGGUCGCUUAGAGGAUCCAAAAGCAAGAGUGCUCACUUAAAAAAACCACUAUAGUGAUCUCUUAAGCGAUUUAAAAUGAAAAAUGUCAUUGAAGGGCUCAAAUCACUCUAGUGGUCGUUUAGACGCAUGAAAAUUGAAAGUGACCACUUAACAGCCCAAAAAUCACUCUAGUGGACGCUUAGACGAAUCAAAAUGAAAAAUUCCCUUCCAAAAGGAAAAAAAACGUAGUGCUCGCCGGCUCCAAUAAGACGCGGGCACAGUUUCAAAAUCACUUUAAUGAUUGAUUCAAAAUGAGAAGUGUCCACUUGAGAAGCCAAAAAUCACUCUAGUGGUCGCUUAGGGAUUUUACAACUGGCAGUGUUCAAAAAUCCAACAUGAAAACGUGAAAAAUUGAAGAAAACUUGGAUUUCAUUCAAGAAAAUGGCUUGAAAUGAGAGAAAGGAAAAAAUUGAUUUUUUUCUUUCCCUAGGGGUGCUCGUAAGAACAAACUUGUCGGCACGUUCAACAAGGAGGACCAUUCGUUCUACUACUACAACACCAACGUCAAUCCCCCCGUCAUGGUAUCUUUGGCGUCUUUUGAAUUUUUUCACGCUUUUUUCAAAUUAGCAACGCUAGAUUGGUCCCUACAGGGGUUAGGGAAAAGCAGCCCCUAUAGAGCUCCCUAGAAGGCUCAAACUUUAAGUGGUCCCUACAGGGGUUUGAAUCUUGAGCUUCUAAACCUUGAGUAGCCCCUGUAGGGUUUUUGCACAUCUUUGAGUGGAAAAAAAAAGAUGAAAAGGUCAAAAUGAAGCGUGUGUCGAUAAUUAUGACGCGGCUGAGGAACAUCGGAAUUUCUUGUUUUUGUGUGGCCUUUUUUCUGUCUUAAAAAAAUUAACUGCGUAAUUUUUCUUCUUAACUAGUUUAAAAACCUAUAAAUGAGGUAAAUUUUUUUUAAAGUUGCCAAAAACUCGAAGUGUGUCAAUAUUUAUAACGAAAUUUUUCUUGAGCUCAAUUUUUCAAGUUUUUUUUCGUGAAAGUUACUUUUAAGCUGAAAAAAAGAUAUGAAAAUGGACUAAAUAGAGUAGAAAAACGGAAAAAAGAUGUGUGUCAAUAUUUAUGACGCGUUUUUCAUCGCUUUAUUUCGGAUAAUUUUACACUUUUUCUCGUUCCUCCUAACGUACUCCAAGCGAAAUUUAGGGUUUUACUAUUUUUUCGUGGUAGCUUUUUUUUUGCCUUGAAAGUGCGCUCCAGCGAACUCGGAUCUUCGGAUUAGCCAAGAAAAAAAAAAAGAAUUUGAAGCGAAUUUUUUUACGGCUUCGAUGCUUUAAGAGCGAGAGAGUGUAGAAUUAAAGGAGAUACCAGAGAAAAAAAAAGAUCUGCGUCUCUUCACUCAUCACACUCUCUCGCCGAAGGCUUUACUCGGUGAGGUCAGUCUGACUUCUCUGCGCCCUCUUUUCUCUCAGCAUGUGCUCAUGAUUUUCUGGUGAGGGAGAAGAGAGCGCAGACAUGCUAGACAAUUUUUUAGUCUGACUGUCUUCCGUCUGACUGCUCUGCGCCCUCUUUCCUCUCAGCACGUUCUCAUGAUUUUUGAUGAGAGAGAAGAGAGCGCAGACAGGUUAGAAGAAAAUGAAGAGUUUUAUGCCAAAAAUGCUUGGGUUUUCUGUGUCUGUCCGCACUUUUAAGAUGUCUUUUCAGAAGCACAUCAAGGACAUCUUCCACGAAAUUGAACGAAAACGCAUCCAGAAGGACUCGUUUGAAGUUUUGUGCCUCAUGGAACACAACUACGACCAUUCUUAA